CCGGACGCACGCUUACGUCUUGACCGGCGUGCGGUUGCCUAGCGACGCCGCACUGUGCGUAACGUGCCUAACUUUGGACGCCAUUAGCCGAGAGCCGACGCUGCUAACAAGUUUGGGAACAAAAUGACUAAAACACGCACAAUUUAUCACCUUCAGCUAUCCCUACAGCUCAUUAGUGGUGUUGAAUAUGGAAAAGCAUUUGCAGUGUUUGAUUUAUAGACCACGUAAAGUGAAAUAACGCUAUAUUUAAUCGUGUUUUUGAGCUAGGCUAAUCGCAAUUAGCCACAUUUGGCCUAUCACAAUUGACGUUCUUGUCCCAUCCAUAAUGUCGUAAAUAACCCUAAACUGUCUUAUCAGCUCAUUUGUGUCAUACAGAGUAUAUGAAACAACUCGCAGUGUUAGAAGACACAAUGAGAAAUAACAAGCAUUCAUCCGCUUUUUAAGAUAGACUGUAGCUUCGCCACGUUUAGCCCGUUGCAAUUUCCGCCCUUAAUAUGCUCGCUUGAGACUCGUCAUAUCACUUUGCCACAUUUGGCCCGUCAAAAUUCUUGUCAUUUUCUACCAUAAGGUCGCUUUUCAAACACAAUUUGAAGUGUUUCUCAGCUUGUAGACAUGCAAGCCAUAACAGCUGCUAGCUCGCGUUGAACAAAGUAGGCAAAGCAAUCCAAAUUUAGCGCCAUUAUGAGUCAUUCAUAACGUUUGUUUUUUGAAGCCACAUUUUGUUGAAUCGUGAUGUUGAAAUGGGCUAAUCUCAUUUGGCUUCCACAAUUCAUGUUAUUUUGUGCCAUAUGCUUGAGAUUUUUACAGUAAGUAGCUUAGCGUGACUGAUCAUCACUUCUACAUUUGAAAAUAAAUAAGAUCACGAGUGUCUGCUAGCCGAUAAGCGACAGGAGCCGUGCUGAUGCUGACCCCCCCCCCCCCCAACGGCCCCCACCACCGUCGACCACAUGAACUGAUAACAGCUGUGCCCUUUGAUUGGCUGGCGACCAGUUCCGGGUAUGCCCCGCCUCUCGCCCGAAGUCAGCUGGGAUCGACGCCAGCGCGCCCGGCGCCCUCGUGAGGGAGAUCGCCACGGAGAAGGAAUGCAUGGAGGUUCAACAGCAUCGUGGCUGAUAAGAUCCGCCGGAGAGCCAAAGACGAGAGGAGAGGACGCUAAAAAAGAAGGCGCACGCGAGCGGUCCCAGGUCGACGGAGGACCAUGUUUGUCCCCCUGCCGGUGCCCUUCGUCUUUCAGAGAACUGUGUCCGACUUCAGCGCCUGGAGACUCAAGUCGUCGCCGGCUCCGCGGGCCAGCCCCGGUAAAGGCGGAAGAGAGUUGCGAGAUGAGCCGCAGCGCCGUGCCGCCAUCUUCACAGCAGCAGGCGCAGGUGCAGCAGCAGCAGGCACAACUGAUGCUGGCCGGGAGCCAGCUGGCAGGGCUGGCCGCGCUCCUGCCGGCCCAGCAGCAGCUGCUCCUCCAGCAGGCGCAGGCUCAGCUCCUGGCCGCCGCCGUCCAGCAGUCCAACGCCGCGCACGCCGCCGUCCAGCAGCAGCAGCAGCAGAGCCAAUCAUCUCAGCAGCAGCUGCCGUUCCAGCAGGCCGCCAAGCCGGAAGUGACUGUUCAAGCUCCUCCUCCUCCGCCGCCUCAGCUGGCCCUCUCUCAGCCGAUCCAGCUCACGGCGCAGGACAUCCAGCAGCUGCUGCAGCUCCAGCAGCUGGUUCUCAUGCCGGGCCACCCGCUCCAGUCCCCGGCCCGGUUCCUCCUGUCGCAGCCGCCCCCCCGCGCUCAGCAACAACAGCAACAAGCUUUGCUCUCCACACCAAAUUUCAUCCAGCUACCUCAGCAAAGCUCGGCGGGCGUGCUGACACCGCCGCCGCCGCCGCCGCCGCCCCGCCCGGGCCCCCGGGCACAGAGGGAGAAGAGCAGCGAGUUCAGCGGAAGCAUCGGCGCCUCGGUGGCGUCCACGGGCGGCGGCGCGGCAGCAUCUGCGGUGGGCUCCUCUUCCGGCUCCUUGAACUCCGCCUUGACCCCCGGGGGUCACGUCGGGCACCUCGGAGAGGAGCCCAGCGAUCUGGAGGAGCUGGAACAGUUUGCUCGCACGUUCAAGCAGCGUCGCAUCAAGCUGGGAUUCACACAGGGCGACGUGGGUGUCGCCAUGGGCAAACUGUACGGCAACGACUUCAGCCAGACGACCAUCUCGCGCUUCGAGGCCCUCAACCUGAGCUUCAAGAACAUGUGCAAGCUCAAGCCUCUGCUGGAGAAGUGGCUCGGGGACGCAGAGAGCAUGGCAGUGGACAGCAUGCUGCCCAGCCCCUCGUCCAUCUCCUCCCCCCUGCUGGGCUUGGAGGGUCUGGCGGGCCGGCGCCGGAAGAAGCGCACCAGCAUCGAGACCAACGUGCGCGUGGCGCUCGAACGCAACUUUAGCGCGAACCAGAAGCCGAACUCGGAGGAGAUCCUGCUGAUGGCGGAGCAGCUCAACAUGGAGAAGGAGGUGAUCCGCGUGUGGUUCUGCAACCGGCGGCAGAAGGAGAAGCGCAUCAACCCGAGCGGCAGCGGCACGCCGCCUCCACCCGGCAGGACCUCGCCGGCCGUCACGCACAAAACCCCCUGCUACGGCCCGCACGUGAUUUCCAGUCCGGGUGUGCCCCAGGGCAGCGGCAGCCUCAGCACAACAGCUGCCACUUUGUCGCCGUCGCCCGUCAGCUCCGUGGCAGCGGGGUCCACUUCCUCUUCUUUAACUCCACCCCCUCACAGCACAGCGAGCCCCGCCCCUCCCGGUCUGGGGGCUCACGGGCUCAACGCCGGGAACACGCUGAUGGGAGUAAGCACAGGAAUGAACCAGGCGUUCAUGGGCAGCAAUGCACUGGCUACCAUGCAAGCGCUGGCAGCGAGCGGCGGUCAGCUGUCAAUCGUGGAGGCGGGAGCGGGUCACAUGAUUCUGGGCGGCGGGCCCGGCGGGGUGCCGCCCUCGCUGCGCCCCUCGCUCUUCCUCAACCGCCCGGCGCUCCUGCCCGUGGUGACGGGCUCCAUCUCCAUGGCGGCGGCGUCCCCGCCCUUCGCGCGGUCGCCUCCCACCGGCGCCGCCCGCCUCCCGGGCCCGCCCUCCUGCCCCGACGACUCCCCCUGCUCCAGCCCCGCCUCGUUCUGUUCCUUCGGCGAGGCCUCGCCGCCGCCCCUGGGCGGGACCAGGGCCGAGUGACGGCCUAUCGGGGGAGAGGGGCGGGGACGGAAGCUUUAGAAACGUCGCCUUUCGACAGAAGCCAUCGCUUGUCCUCCCGAGCCAAAAAAGUGUACCCAAAGGACGAGGAGGGUCGGCGAGGCGGCGGAGAAGCGACUCAAAACCAAAAAAAAAAACCACAAAAAAAACACAUGGAGCUGAGGAGUGUAGGGAAGGAGACCAAGUGCAUGAUGGGAGGCGACCGCCACAACACCAAAAACCAAAAUCUACAAAUACCAAAAACUCAAAACCAAAUAGAAAAGACAACAAAAAAAACGGAGAGAAAAGCUUUAGACGUUUGCAUUCCGAUCCAUCCGGGAUCGCGUUUCCGAUACGCCUCGACGCCAUUUUCACGCAUUCCCAUUUCACUCAGGACGAUUUCAAUCCAUUUUCAUUUUUCCGUUGACUCGCCGCAGCGUGACGGUCACGUGCGACCGCUCUACCUCGCCAACGCGCCGCUUCUUUUCACCACAGGGCGGGCGGGCCUUCACGCCGAGUUUCCGACUUCGCCGAAUGCCGCCAAAUGCUGCGGGGCGUGACGGGGUCCUCGACCUGCGAAUUAGUAGGAAAAAAAUAACUUUCCCGAACAAAGCAGGACACAAAAUGAAUGAAUCGAUCGCAACAAAAAUGUCCAAGGACCGCAUGACGUUACCGAUUUCCUAAAUCCUGCCUUUGUUCUCAAGAAUCAAGUUUCUUUUUAGGGCUCAUUGCCUGCCGGCCGUUGGCGAAGCCCGCUUCCGCGUAUUGCCGGCAGCCAUUUUCGAGCAUUUUGACUGAUCUUUCGAGACCCGCGGAAUAUUUUGCAUCAAAGCUUCCAAAAGAAAGAGCGGACUCUGUUUGUUUGGAGCUUUGUCCAUUCUUGAGUAAUCAUCGUGAGCGACGCUGACUCAGCACAUUUAACAUCAGCGACGUUGUUCGGCUUUCACUCCAUGAUCCGCGUCAUCUUUUCUCGCGACGGCGCCGCACACUUCCCGCUCCCCGCCGCAACGGAGGUGCCUAAACUUGUCCGACUCCCGACGCGUCAACCUCGCCGUCGGCGUGACGAGUCGGGGAUCUGUUCGUCAUGACGACGGUUUACAAACUUGAAUUUCACAGACAAGCCGUUGAAAACGUACUUGACAGAUAGAAACGUCGGUGGUGGUAAACGGUCGGAUUCCGGUUCAUCGCAAAUGAGUUUCGAAGGUCUUCGCGGGCACCCGCUUGACAAAAAUCGAACCGUCGUCCGGGCGAGGAAAAACUCCAGACUGUUCGAGCGUCCGAGGGAAGCCGAGCGGCAACAAAACACAGCAAAAAAGCAACAUUUGAAAUGAGCGGAAAAGUCCACCCGCCCGCCCCGAUGGGGUGCGUUGAUCAAACGCACGCUUGUUCUUAUAUGCUUGCCUUAUAUUUGCUGUGCCAAACGCCCCCGAAAACAACAACAAAACAUCUCUCAGUCUAUCAGGAAGUUCAUCGUCUUCGUCUUCAUCACCAGCAGCAGGAAGCGCAAAGUUUGCUCAAACCAAAGUUUUCACGCCAGGGCGCGCCCGACGGGCAAACGCCGGCCGGCCCCCUUUUCAUUGAUUGAUUUAUUAUUUAUUCCUUGACAAUGGCUUCCAUACCUCACCAUCAUCAUCAUCAUCAUCUUCAUCAUCUCCCAGCUGACCGUCACUCUCGGAUACCAAAGUCUGGCCUGUGGCAGCCGCGGUCGCACCUGAGACCGCAAACACACACGCACACACUGACGGAAGAAGAGGAGGAGGAGGAGGAGGUGAAGCACUGCCCUGCCCUCCAUCCUUUCCUCCCUCCCUCCUUCCUUCAUUUUGCCUCCAAAGAUCUUCGCAUCAAAGGACCAAACGGGAACGAGAACAUGAGGAAGAGGAGGUGCUGCAGGUGGUUCAAGAGGGGGAGGAGGAAGAGGAGGAGGAGGAGGAGGAGGAGGCGCACUGGGAGCAGGAAGAGCCCAAAAAAAAAAGAAAAAGCAGCAGCAAACAGUCAACCCAAAAAGAAGAAGCAAAAGUGCGUGACUGA